AUGCCUCCUUCAGAAACCCCUCAAGAGCAAAUGGAUGACAACAGCAAAGUGGCUAGUGGCGUUGAAGAGCAACAAACGCAGAUUCGGGUCCUCGUUGCCUGCCCUCGAUCUGGUUCUACGCUUUUCAUGCGCAUCUUUCGGGAACUGCCUCACUGUGCAGUCACGAGCCGGUUGAUUCUACAGGGCAACUAUCAUAAGUUCGGCGACAAGAGUCUGGCUCGCGUCAAGCCGGACUAUACCAUUUAUUUUCACCCGGAAUCCCACCCGGUCUACCAGCACGCAGUGGCCGAGAGGUGUUCCACCUUGGUCACCAAAGAGGAAUUGGGCCAUGAAUUCUUCAACGGUGAAUGUGAUUUCAACAUCCUUCCCAACAAAGCCGCCUACGAGAUGACACGGCCCGCGUUUCUAGUUCGGGACCCGGUCCGGGUGUUUGAUAGCUGGAAGAAGAUUGGUUGGGGUGAUCUAUACAGCUUUUUCAUCUGCUAUCGAUCCCUUUCCAAGAUGCUAAAGGCCAGCCCGGUGCCACAUGUGGUCAUCUAUGAGCAACUGGUGGCCGAUGCCAGGGACACGGUCGCCGCGCUGGCGGAGUACUGGAACAUUCCUUUCGACGAGCGCUGCCUGGAAUUCAAGCGGCCUUUUGGGGAUUACAUCUUCAAAGACGACAGGGAGAAGUCGAUAUAUCAGGGCGCCGUCCCGGAUGGUCUAUUCGCCCGCGUCAAGUCUCACACACACGUCGAAGAUUUCAGCAGCCAUGGACUACUCUCCGCCCUGGAGAUCGAACGCAUUGAAGCCGAAGUGGGUGGCCUGUACUUGGAGGCCUAUGGCCCACGGCUAGAUCCUGUUAUGGCACUGCUCUCCGCGAAGAUGUGGUUUGGUUUUGAUCUGGACGACACGCUCCAUGAGUUUCGCAAGGCGUCCGCCCAUGCGUCCCGAUCCGUGUUCGAGGCGAUCCAAGCUACCCAUCCCGAUACCAAGGAGACGAUAAACGAUCUCGAAGCGACGUAUCGCGAUAUCCUCCGUUCGAAGACAGCAAAUGCUUUUACCGAUGGGAGAACAUCCGAAGACUACCGCAGGGAGCGAUUUUCCCAUCUUCUCGAAGCCCACAGUCAUGUGCCCUCCUCAGAGAUACUAGAACAGUUGUUGUUGGUGUACCAGAGAAGUCUUCGCGCAGCCUUGACAUUGAAAGCUGGUGCGCUUCAUCUCCUGGAGAAACUGAAGGCUCGUGGGAAGAAGGUUAUUAUAGUAACCGAGGGACCUCAAGAUGCACAGGAAUGGACGGUCGCAGAGCUUGGGUUACAUCUGUUCAUCGACAUUCUCGUCACCACUAAUGAGGUCGGAAUGUCCAAGGUGGAUGGCCUAUUCUCCGCUGUAUUAGAAAAGCACAGCAUCGGCCCAGGGGACAUGGUCUACGUGGGAGAUAAUGAACAGCGUGACAUUGUUCCAGCACAAGCGGCGGGGAUAGACACUGUACUAUACAAUGAGAAGAGUAACUGCCGGUUUGAUGACCCUCAUAACCUUCGGCUUAACUCACUUCCAAAGCUUGAGUAUCUGGGCAUUUGA